UGAUUCCGUGCAAUCCUAUUCCUUUGUACUCACAACAGAUGACUCAAAGUGGCGUUUUGGUUUCUGUCGUCACGACCCGAAGACAGAUACCGCAAUGGUAAUUAUCACAUACUUGCCAUGGCACGACACAUUUCUGCGAUUGUUGACGCUGCUGGCCGAACUGCGGCGUGGUGAUGCAAACACAACAACGAAUGUCGAUAAUUCCCACAAUGACUUUCGCACAUUUCUCGCCGAAGCGUACAAUCGCGGUGUGCCUGAUCCGGGUGGACAUUUGAAAUUAUUCUAUAACGGCGGUCAAAAUUAUUUCGUGUUUGAGCGGCCGUUGCAGUUUCAGUUGCCCAGCAUACCCGAGAAUCACAAUUUAAAUUUGUAUUAUAAUUUUGUGGAUCCAAAGAAUAUGAUUGCAGUAUUUGCUGCGAUGCUGGCGGAGCGACGCAUCAUUUUCACAUCGCGACGCCUGGAUCGCUUGUCGUCGUGCAUACAAGCGGCGAAUGCGUUUCUCUAUCCCAUGGUGUGGCAACACAUCUUCAUACCAGUGCUGCCGAUGAAGCUGAAAGACUAUUUGAGUGCACCAAUGCCAUAUCUAAUUGGUGUGCCACAAACUGUGCUCGAAACGAUGACAACCGAUGAGCUCGGCGAAGUUGUGAUACUUAACUGUGAUACAAAAAUUUUCGAAAGCCCGUUCGAUGAUGUGGCCGAAAUGCCAGCCAAAAUUGUGUCACAAAUGAAGAAACAACUCAGUCAAUCGCAUGAGCAUAUCGGCGAUCGUGUUUCGAAAAUAUUUCUUGGCGUGUUGGUGCAACUGAUAAGCGGCUAUCGUGAUGCUGUGGAAUUCCGCGAAACAGGCAAAACAUUUAACCGUCAAAAAUUUAUCGAAUCUCGUCCCAAACAUUUGCAACCAUUUCUCGCAAAAAUGAUGGAUUUGCAAAUAUUUCAGCAAUUCAUUGAUGAACGCCUGCAAAUGCUCAACACUGGUCUGGGUUAUUCGGAUGAAUUUGAGCUGGAAACAGCACGUUAUGCGGAGAAAAUGAAGAAACGAACACACUACGAAUUUCUAAAUAAUGUUAAGGAGAAG